GAUGUUGUAGUCACAGAAAUAUUCUCCCAAUUUAGCUUAAAGGAUUGCAGAAAGGGUGACAGUCCUUGUCCUUUUUGACUGUUGUAAAUAUCAUUUAAGCGAUUCUUAAACUUCUGACCGGCUUGGAAGCAUCGGUCGACUUAGAUUACGAAGCAAUUUUUUAGACUCACUUUCAAUAAAUAUAUUUAAAACUCUCUCGAGACCACUUUUGGGUUGACUAAAACCAAAAUUUACAUGAUCAUUGAUUUUGAAGGGCUUAAGCAAAAUUAAAUCACGAUGCAAGCAAUUCCAAGUUCAAUUCAGUACAUGUGUUUAAACAUAUGGUAACACGUAUUGCUGGAGAACAAAAUGCGUAUAUAAAGUUGGUACAAUUCAAUAAUUUUAUAAUUCUUAACUCAACAAAGUAUGAACCAUCAAAUGAAUGCAGACGACCACAAUAUCAUAAAAAGUAUGAACAAAAUAUUGCUCGGUUGGAGGCCACAUUGUUCCAGUUCGUAUUAUCAGAGUUCAUAAGACCGCAGGCGAGAGUAGAAAGAUGUCAAGAAGCAAUUUUCGUAGCCGUGUAAUACAUUUCAGUUCAAUUUGGUUGCUUUCUCUGACUAUUUGUUUUUUUCAUAUCACUCUCGGAGCACAUGCAAAAGAUUUUACGCUUCAAAAAAUUCCAGCUGUGUCAACACGUAUCGUUGGCGGCGUUAAAACCACAAUCUCCGAAUAUCCGUAUAUAGUAGCAGUGAAAGUGAGGGGGGUGCAAAAAUGUGGUGGCAGUAUAAUUGGCAGCAGAGUUGUAUUGACCGCGGCACAUUGUUUUGAAUUCACAAACAUUUCACAUCAUUACAGUAUUCAAUAUGGACAAACAGAUAUGGAGAGCACAAUGAAUGUUAUACAAGCGAGCGGCUAUAAAAAACAUCCGAAUUAUCAUGCACCCAGCUUUGAUUAUGAUGUCGGUUUGAUUUACCUCACCAAAGCAAUACCACUCGGUUUACAAGCACAGCUCAUUCAGCUAGCAACUCACAGUCCCACGCCCGGUAGUCGUGUCAGUAUUGCGGGUUGGGGUUCAACUCAAUAUGGUGGCAGGCAAUCAAAAAUCUUGCUCGCUCUUCAAGUGCAUACUAUACCACUGAAUGAGUGUUCCCAUUUGUAUAGAUAUAAAAACAAAAUAACGCCACGUAUGUUGUGCGCUGGGGUGCAGGUGGACGGUCAAGACUCUUGUGAGGGUGAUUCUGGUGGUCCGCUCGUGGCUAAUGGUGUACAGGUGGGCAUUUGUUCUUUUGGCUUUGAAUGUGCUCACAAGGAUUAUCCUGGUGUCUAUGUUAAUGUUGCUGCUGUACGAAAUUGGAUCUUAUUGAAUAAAAAAUAAUAUAUUAAUUUAAACAAAUUGU